AUGGAUGCUUUUGAGAACAUGUCGGUAUCGAAUCAUCCAGGCAGUAACGCAAGAAGAAGCUCCCAAUCAGCAGGCGAAAUGUUCGCACCGCAGAUUCAGGAUUUCCAGAACAUACCAAGGUCUUUUAACAAUAACAAUGCUACCGUGAAUUUGUCAAAAAAUUAUAAUGCCGCUAAUCAACUGCCCUUCUCGUCGCAUCAACAAAAAAUUAUUAUGGAGCAUUUGCUGAUAACGAAGAAUAAUUCUCAACAGCAGAAAGACUACUCUCACGUGCCAUGCAAAUUUUUCAAGAUGGGCAAUUGCCAAGCUGGCUCGUCUUGUCCUUUUUCUCAUUCUCCAGACAUCAUCAGUUCUGCGAAUAAUUUACCUUGCAAAUAUUUUGCAAAGGGCAACUGUAAAUUCGGUAACAAGUGUGUUAAUGCUCAUGUGUUACCAAAUGGGUUCAAAAUGAAUAGUAGAGAGCCUAUCGAAAUUACUCCCCCUUCGCAGAAUAACUACUUAUCCCAUGCUAGAUCGGCCUCUUUUUCCACUUACAUGUCUCCUCCUCUGUCUGCGCAAACAGAAUUCUCUAAUUCUGCCUCGAACGCAAACUAUUUUUCCUCGCAAUACCUAAUGUCUUCCCCUCAGAAAAGUCCAGAGGCCUUAAAUACCGAGUUCUUUUCUCCCCCCUCGUCUUCUUCUUCGUACAUCAACUAUAAUUAUAAUAACUCCAACCUUAAUGCCUAUUCUCCCGUAUCUUCAUCUUCCUCUAACAUUUGGCAAGAGCAAGGCCAAACUACGUUAUCGAACCCCAGUGUGAACCAGAAUCUAAGACAUCGUACAGGUCCUGCAAUUCAAGAGGAAUCUGACAAUGAAAUUGAAGAACUGCUAAUUCACAACUUCAAUUCAAGAUACUGUCACGAAUAA